GCUGAAGCCUUUUUUGCCUCGCAGCGGUGCCAGGAAAGACUUGCUGCAGCAGUGUGCAGCUCUGCAGCAACCGUCGUGCAAGAUUCGUGCGCUUACGCGCGUAUUGCUGGUCGCCGCCGGCGCGUCCGCGCUCAGCCUGGACCGACGCGUCGCGCUGCGCGUUGCAGCGGUCGCGGUUGCGUGUCCGAGUCGACCGGCAAAAGCGGUGCUCGCCUGCGUCGACGGCCAGGGUCCGUGGUGCGGCGGACUCGAGCCGGCCACGAACGACCGCGCGCAGAGCGCCGAGGCGGUAAAAAAGGCGUACGAAGCCGAGCUCGCAAAGCUCGUGACGAAGCGGCCGCCGCCGGAGCCGAGCGACAGCCAGGACGAGAAGAAGUGAGCCAUGCUGCUGCGCCUCCUCUUCACUGCACGCCUCUGCGCGAGCCUCGUGCCGCCGCCGCAGCGUCAAGGGCGCGUCGCACCGGUCAGAGGCAAGCGGCGCCUGCUCGACGACGACGACGCCAAGGAACAAGCCGUCGACCCCGUACAGUGGGGCCAAGCCGGCGCCGCGCUCCUGGCGAACGAAUGGAGCAAUGUCGCGGAACAGAUCGGCAUAGCCGAGCUCAGUGAGCUUGUGGAAGCGCGGCAAAGCGACAUCCACGGCACGGGGUUGUUUGCCACGAAAGACCUCGAGAUGGGUACGCUCGUCACGUUAUAUAGGCCCGACCUAACGGUCGACGACACGGGGAAAGCGCUCAUGAUCGACCAGGCCGACAGCGACUACUUCCAGGACUUUCAGAAGGCCCAAGCUGCAGGGAGCCGCCAGUACUUUGUUUUUCCGCCAGGUGUGAAAACGAGCGCCAUUCCCGAUCCUUGUCCGCGGUUCUGGGUCGCGGCCAACCCGGCCAAGGAGGCGGUUCCGGGGUUCCUCGGCCAUCUUGCGAAUGACGGAGCUUUAUGCGCCGACGACGGUGAUAUAGAAAGGUACCUUGGUGAGUCCGUCGCGCGGGCGAACGCGUGCCUCGUGCCGCUGUGUAUCCCACUGAUGGGCCUCGUGCUCGCCGAAGACGUUUCCGCGGGUGAAGAACUCUUGGUAACGUACGGCUACGACGCCUGGCUCCGGACACCGCUCGAGAAAACGCAUAGCAAAUCCAUCGAGGACUUGCUGCGCAAGGGUGCCACGCAAUACGCGGGCCUCACGCUCAUGGCCUCCGAGCGCUACGGCGACGCCCUGAAGCGGUUAUCGAACUUCGUGCGGACCGGCUCGACGGAGGAGGCGCCUCCUUCCCCUCCGAAACGCGCGAAGCGCAAGAAGAAGCCGACUAGUGGCGGCUUCGGGUAAGUUUAUGGUCA